AUGGGCAAGCGCAAGAGUUCGAGCAAGCCUCAGGGUCCUAAGAAGUUCACAUGCCUCUUCUGCAACCACGAAGACUCCGUCGCUGUAAAGCUGGAUAAGAAAGCGGGUGUCGGUUCGUUGGACUGCAGAGUGUGCGGUCAAAUGUUCCAGUGCAGCAUUAAUUACCUCUCGGCUGCUGUAGACGUAUACGGCGAGUGGGUAGACGCAGCAGACGCCGUUGCGAAGGAAGCAGGACCCGCCGCCGGAAGCCAGAACAAGACCUCGAGCGCCCGCCGCGCACCCCCCAGCCGACCGGUGAACGAUGACGAUGACGAUGACGACCGGAGGUACGGAGGCGAGGGUAUCGACGUGGACGAUGAAGAAUACUAG